AUGUUCCCCCUCCUCCCCAUAAUUUCGGAUGACCUUGCCAGUCUGGACCCUAGAGUUGCUCUUCGUUAUCAGAAUACCUUUAUGAAGAAUGCCUUAAUUCGUGGCCUGAACGAUAUCUAUCUCGCAGCAUCGACGAUAAAUGAUGGCGAACAUCCCAAUUUCCGGGAAUUCAUGGAAUAUGCCCAGAUGGUCUGUGAAAUGAUAAAGCUACACCUCCGAGGAGACGACGUUUUUUUUACAACGCCCAACUCUGAUGGGCAGAGUUUGACAGACAUUCUCGGAGAAGAUUGUACCCUUCCUAGCACGAUCGCACUUCAAAUCUCGUCUUUGGAUGAGAUGAUCCACAGCUGGAAUAAGUGUCCCAGCUCAUAUACUCCGUCCGAGCUUGUAGAUUUCCUGCAGAAUAUCGAAGAACCGAUCGUAACAGGAAUGCGGAAACAGGUAACAUCCAGCUCACAAAACAGGGAACCAUUCUUCUCACCCAGUGGACAGGUAGAAAGCAUCCAAGGGGAAUAUUUAAUUGGAGCCUACUCCGAAGCUCAGAUGCGGGCAAUGAUUGAAGGAAACGUGCUCUGGCUGGCAGCACAAAGCGACAUAUCCAUCUUGUUACCCUUCUGUAUGUCGCACCAUGACAAGAAGAGUUCAAAGUAUUGGCCAACGAUACCGGCGGAAGGAUUGGCAGCACUUCCAGAGCUUGUGAAAGCACACCCAUCAAGGUGGAUAUUUGCUCCGUUCGAUCCGAUUACUGGGGAGGACAAUAUAUUGACAUUGUAG